UGUGUCUUUGAGCGAGCCGUGAGUCAUCUGACGGCGUUUCUGUUAGACAAGUAAAGUGAGGUGCGGGCCUGCGGAGUGUUUGUUUUGAGUAUUUGAUUGCAACCCAGCUCCAGCACAUCAUUACUUCUAUUUCGCAUUCAAGUGAUAUCCCUCAACCGUCGUACCAUGUACAGCAAUUUCCAGCCUGCGGAGCCUGAUUUGACAGCAGGAAUAGGCUUGUUGGCACAUUUAAACAUCGAAGAGUUGAAGGACAUAGUUAACAACGAUGGGAAAUUCGAGGAAUUGCUUAAGGAUUUUAAACAGAACAAGACACAUGACUCUGAAAAGGAGCUUUUGCUGGCAAGCAACCGAUCACUGGCCGAUUUCAAUCUUACAUAUGAGCCAAAAUUAAGGGAAGGCAAGGAAAAAUUGCUGGAGCUUUCAGAAAAAGCACAACAGCUUUGCCAAAAUGUUCAAGGAAAAACUGCUGAACUAGCACAAAAAUCUGGAAAUGUGUCCCUGGAUUCAGCUCUAGACAUUCUGAAGGCAGCAGCUGCUGAAAGCGAAGAGGAAUCGGAUGCGUUGGCUGAGCAGUAUUUGUCCUCGGAUAUCGAUCUAGAUCAAUUCAUCGAACAAUUUCUAGUGAAGAGAAAACAAAUGCAUUUGAGAAGAGUCAAGGCAGACAAGAUGGCUGAGAUUUUAGCAUCACCGGCAGAGUCGUAUCCACCGCCAAUUCCUGCGAGGCUGCCCUACCCUGCGCAACCAACCCCUUAUCCGAUGUCAAAUAAUAAUAUGCCCUAUCCCCCAUAUUAGCUAGUUUAUUGCCUUCAAUCAAAGAACCUCAUGAUGUUAGAAAGUAAAGCUUUUCAAACAUUACAUCUUUUAGUUGUUGAAAACACAAAAUGGCAUUGAAAACAGUCAAAUUUGAGGUGCAAUAAAAUUCAAAUAUUAUUUCAUAA